CCUGGAUCUACAAUCGAUUCACCCUGGUGACAGACAAGCAGUGAGACAACUGUUCAAAGUUCAAAUUGUGAAAAAUGUCCUUACAUUUGUUGAAACUGGACAGCAUUCAAAUAAAAGGAAACUUUGUGUUCUGGUCACUGAAGGAUCUGCAAGACUGUGGAAACAUUUGUUCCAGCAGAGUCGGUCCAACAUGAGGAUUCUGAUCCUUCUUCUCCUUUUGUUUUUUGCCAGAGCUAAAGUUUACGAGCGUUGUGAAUGGGCUCGACUACUGAAGGCUAAUGGAAUGGACGGUUACUGUGGCGUCAGUUUGGCGAACUGGGUCUGUCUGACCCAGUGGGAAUCAUCCUACAACACUGACGCCAUCAACCACAAUCCCGAUCAGUCCACUGACUACGGCAUUUUCCAGAUCAAUAGCCGCUGGUGGUGUAACGACAAUGUCAUCCCUAGCUACAACGGCUGUAAUAUCAACUGUGCUGAUCUCCUGACUGAUGAUGCCAGCUCUUCAAUCAGAUGUGCCAAACGUGUGGUUGCGGACCCGCAUGGAAUCAGUGCCUGGGUUGCUUGGCGUAUCCACUGUAAGAACAAGGAUGUCAGCUCCUACGUGGAAGGAUGUGGCCUUUAACUGAGGUCAACAAAAUAAAAGUCUACAAGUUUUCAUUGCAGCAGAUGGAGGAGUUGUUGGUCUUCAAGCCGGUUUGCCAUGCAACUUUUUUUUAAUGUCAAUGGA